UUGAAUAAUGCUUCUUAAAUAAACUAUCUAUAUAAUAAACUGCAUAAUUAUUUAAUAUCAACAAAAUAUUACAAUAAUUGAAGCGGAACGGAAUACAACCGCAAUCAUAGCAUAAUAAAACGAAACGAAACGUCACUUAAGUCGCUAAACCGAGCCAAGCUCUGCGAUUUCGUUGAUUUCUUUAUUGUUUUAGCUUUUCAACACCGGCAUUGGCAUUUAUCGCUUAUAAUAAGUAACGUUGCCUUUUUCAACAGAACGGACAAUUUUAUUAAUCAAAGUUACUAGACAAACCUAACAAAAUUGCUUCCACAAUGACAGUGACGCGGGUCGCGGAAUCCCGCACCGAAUUUAAAUUGAAAAGUCUACCCGAAGACGUAAUAUCGAGUGUUAAAUUUGCUCCUAAAUCCAACCAAUUUCUUUUGGUGUCAUCUUGGGAUUGCUCCGUGAGGCUGUAUGAUGUGAGCGGGAACGUGGAGCGGCAUAAAUACAACCAUGAGCUUCCCGUGUUGGAUGUCUGCUUUAGGGAUGCUGUUCACUCAUACAGUGGAGGGCUCGACCAGACACUCAAGAUGUAUGACCUCAAUGCAGGCUCGGAAACAAGCCUUGGUGAGCACAAGGGUGCUAUCCGCUGUGUGGAGUAUGCAAAUGAAGUCAAUGCUGUCUUGACAGGGAGUUGGGACGGAACUGUUAAAAUGUGGGACAGCAGAGUACCAAAUUGUGUUGGAACAUAUAAUCAAGGAAAUGAGAGGGUGUACACCAUGAGCAUAGUUGGCGAGAAGUUCGUAGUGGGCACGUCUGGCCGCAAGAUCUUUGUCUGGGAUGUCCGCAACAUGGGCCACGUAAACCAGCGGCGUGAAUCCUCCCUCAAGUACCAAACGAGAUGCAUCCGAGUCUUCCCUAACAAACAGGGUUACGUGCUGAGCUCUAUUGAGGGUCGCGUGGCGGUGGAAUACCUGGAUAGCAAUCCAGAGGUCCAGAAGAAGAAAUACGCCUUUAAGUGUCACCGGAUCAAGGAUGGAGGCUUAGAAAAGAUUUACCCGGUGAACGCCAUCAGCUUCCACUCCGUGUACAACACAUUUGCGACCGGUGGCUCUGAUGGCUACGUCAACAUCUGGGACGGCUUCAACAAGAAGAGGCUCUGCCAAUUCCACAGGUACAACACCGCGGUAUCCUCCCUGUCGUUCUCGGCGGACGGCUCGGCGCUGGCCAUCGCGUGCUCGCAGCUGGACGAGUCGCAGCAGGAGGACCCCAAGCCCGAGGACACCAUCUACAUCCGAUACGUCACCGACCAGGAAACCAAGCCGAAAUGAGCACGAGUUUAGUCCAAGCCCGACAGACGACGACUAGUGAUACGUUUUACAUUUUUGACAUGAACAUUCAAGUAACAUUAUACGAGUAUCUAUUUUCCUUGUACGUUUUAGCGAUUAAAACUGUACUUCGUUUUUUUAAAAUUGGAAAGAUCUCCACAGAAGUAAGUGUGUAGUUUUGAUUAGGCCCUUUAAUUUUUAAUAAUAAUGAAAUUAUCUAAUGCAGCAUGGUCAUUUGGUCAAUACUCAUAAUUUACUUAAAAAAAUUACCGUAAAAAGUGUCUGAUUUGGAAUCCACGAGCAUACUACUGCGAAGUUCUUUCUUAUAAUAAAAAAACGAAGUAUAGUAGAAGAUUUUGAUAGCCCAGAUUGUGCGAGUGUUAUUUAAACGUCAUUAAUGUCAUAGAAGGUUGACGUUUAAAAAGAACACCUGCACAGUCUGGGCUAUCAAAAUCGCUGCCAACUUAGGUUGGUCUAACUCUACCAGAAAUAAAUUGUUACGAAAUGUGCAUGCCAAGUUUUAUGUAAUUUAAGCAUGUCACUUUAAAAUGAAAACGUUAUUUCGAUUGUAUGGGACCGGCUUUUUGGCGGCGGGUUCCUGUGACUUAUACCACGUGAUCGUCAAUACAAAAACAGAAAACAUUUUUCCACUUCUAAAUAUUUUCCAUUCACCAUGAUUUUUAGUAUGUUAUUGACACAAAAAAAACUAAGGGUACAAAAUUUGCAAACCAAAAAAGUUUUUUUUUCACAAAAGCGAAACCUAUAAACGUAGAUAAUAUAUAUAAUAUAUAUCCUGAAGCGAUCGACAUCAAAAUCAAAGUGAUUUGUCAGUGAAAACAGUUUUCUCCCGAAAUGGAAUUUCAUACAAAAAUUACCGUUAUUUCGUUAGAUUCGAAAAUCUAUUCUUUCCUCUUAACUGACUAUAGACUAUCUGGAUCUAGUUGUAAUAAAGCUUAUGAGUAUUUGUUCAGUUCAGUUCAAAAUUUCCUUGUAAAACAUUUAAAAUAAAUCCUGAAAGCAACUUACGUUUUUGUGUUUUACAAGAGAUUUGUUAUCUUACUGUCGGGCGGUAGACAAUGAUGUGUUAAGUUAGCUAUUAUUUACUAAGUGAUGAAUAAACGUAAGUUUCAUAAUU